UACAAUCCCAUAUUUUCCAUAAAAUUAAAAAGACAAUCUCCCUUGUCCAUGAGGCAUAUACCGCCCACCACCUGUGUAUGUAAAAGAGAGGGACGAGUAUUUAGCGUUAGAUGCAUCUACAAGAGGAGGGAACCUGGAGAACAUUCUCACUCGCUCUGCUCUUUUGAAUUUCCUCUUCAUUUCUUCUUGUUGUUAGUUGUUAGUUUUAUUCAUGUGUGUGAGAGAGAGGUGGAGAGAUGAGAGAGAAGCUUCCCAUAUGCAAGUUCGAAGAAGAGAUCGUGAAGGUUGUGAGGGAGAACCCAGUGGUGGUGAUAAUAGGAGAAACUGGCUCUGGCAAGAGCACUCAGCUCUCACAGAUCCUUGACAGGCACGGCUACACCGAUCGUGGAGCAAUUGCCGUCACUCAACCACGACGCGUGGCCGCUGUCUCUGUCUCCAGGAGAGUUGCGCAUGAGUUAGGUGUUCAACUUGGAGAGGAAGUAGGGUAUGCCAUCCGUUUUGAGGACCGAACUUCAGAUAAAACUCGCAUAAAAUACCUGACUGAUGGUUGUCUCCUUCGUGAAAACCUUUCUGAUCCAGAGCUAAAGCAAUAUUCUGUCAUCAUAUUGGAUGAAGCUCAUGAGAGGAGUUUAAACACUGACAUAUUGCUUGGCUUGAUGAAACACUUGGUUCGGGUACGGCAUCUAGAUUUGAGGGUUAUAAUCACAUCAGCAACUUUGGAUGGGGCAAAAGUAUCAAAUUUCUUCUCUGAUUGUCCAAUUCUUGCGGUGCCUGGGAAGUUGUUCCCCGUGGAAAUAUUUUACAGCAGUGAACCCCCAAAAAACUAUAUUGAAUCUUCCUUGAAAAGUGCUAUUGAUAUACAUGUCAAGGAACCGCCGGGGGAUGUCUUACUAUUCAUGACAGGACAAGAAGAUAUAGAAAAAACAGUUUCAAAGUUGGAGGAGAGAAUUCGGAGUUUGGAGGAAGGCUCUUGCAUGGGUGCCAUAAUCCUUCCGCUUCAUGGCUCCUUGCCUCCGGAGAUGCAGGUAAGAGUAUUUCAACCAGCACCCCAAAAUUGCCGGAGAUUCAUUGUUGCCACAAAUAUUGCUGAAACAUCUUUGACUGUGGAUGGAGUUGUGUACGUUAUUGACUCAGGAUAUGUGAAGCAACGGUAUUAUAACCCUUCUAAGGGCAUGUAUUCUCUUGACAUUGUUAAAAUUAGCAGAGUACAAGCAGAUCAACGUGCAGGAAGAGCUGGAAGAACCUGUCCUGGAAAGUGCUAUCGAUUAUACCCAUCCUCUAUGUACUAUGGAGAACUUUUGGAAGCAACGGUUCCAGAAAUACAGCGCUCAUCUCUUGCUGGAAGUGUUCUUUAUUUGAAAUCAUUGGACCUUCGUGAUAUUGAUGUUCUGCAGUUUGAUUUUCUUGAUCGACCAUCUCCUUUAUCAUUAGAAGAUGCUUUGAAGCAACUAUACCUCAUUGAUGCAAUCGACGAAAAUGGUUCGAUAACCAAAGUUGGACAACUGAUGGCUGAGCUUCCCUUGGAGCCCUCGCUUGCUAGAACUUUGAUUGCAGCAAAUGAAUUUGGAUGCUUACCUGAAGCUUUGACUGUUGCUGCGAUGCUUUCGACUGAUACCUUUUUGCUUCCAUCUAAUAGCAAGGGAGGCGAGAAAAAGCGGAAGCAAAUUAUCACAAACUUGCCAAAUGGUUCUGGCUGGGGUGACCACAUUCAAUUGUUACAGAUUUAUAACACUUGGCAUCAAAUGGAUUAUGAUCCUCGCUGGUGCAAGGACAAUGGCUUACAUGUACGUAGUAUGAUUUUCGCCAGGGAUGUGCGGAGGCAACUUUGUCAGAUAAUGCAAAAGAUGGCAAAAGGGCCAUUGGAUGUAAGGGCUGAUCGAAGAGCUAGUGAAAUUGAUCGCGACUACACAAGCUUGAGAAAGGCUUUGAGUAUUGGCUUUGCAAAUCGGAUUGCAGAGCGCAUGCUGCACCACAAUGGCUACAGAACCCUGGGCUACAAAUCUGAACUUGUCCAGGUCCAUCCAUCAUGUGUUCUGAAAUCAGGGGAUAGUGGAUUGUUACCGGAUUAUGUGGUUUAUAAUGAACUUUUGGCAACUCCUCGUCUGGUACUUAGGAAUGUAUGUGCAGUUGAAAUGCCAUGGGUAACUCCCAUCUUUGGCAAGUUAGGAAACUUGGAUGUCAAGAAGCUCAGUGGGGGACGCAAUGUUUCUGAGCAACAGAGUCCUCAGGGCACAGACCCAUUGAAGGUGCAAGCCUCAACCAAAAAUGACAAUGGCAUUGCAUCAAAGGUUUCUGAUGACCACGAAAAGAAAAUCCAGGCUGCUAAAGAGAGAUUUCUUGCUCGGAAGGGAAAGAAAUAGUGGCCGUCUGCUGUCUACAAUUUAUGCAUUAAAAGUGGAUCAAAUGCUUGUAAAUAACAGGGCUCUAGUGGCCCCAUAUCCCAUGUACUUACUGAUAACAAGUCGAAGUUUUUCUAAAUGCUGCAGCAAAAAGAAAGGGAAAAAAAGAGAGAAUUUGUGAACCGCACCUAAAAUAUUGGCUAUUAAACAUUUCAUAGUUUAUCAAAUCACACCUAGUUAUCAAUUA